AUAAACAUGAUCUAGCUACUUAGCUAGCUAGCUAUUUCUCUAUUUAUCGUAUCCGUCCAAUAUUCAUUUUUGGAAUGUACUAAUGUGUCUCCGUGAAGCUAUUUGAGGACAUGUCCUGGUGGUGCAGGUGUCUGUCUAGACUUGUGUGAUUAUUCUGUCUGGCCCCUAAAAAAAAAAAAAAAAAAAAACUGGACUGUGUGUUGUGAGUCGUGACUCGCCUUCUUCCUCCCCGUGUGCCUGUUGGAGCUCCGGAAGCGAUGCUCCACAAGGAGCGAGAGGGCUGCAACAUCCGCGAGCGGCAAACCAAUCGGCCGCCACUCCGCGGCAUCCCUCUCCGCUGUGGGACGGGCCAAGAGCGGGGAAGCUCUUGUCACGCUGCGUGGGCUGGUCGAGCGUGGAGUAGAAAAGGGAGCCGAAGCCGAGUCGCUAUUUAGCAGUCGAAAGACAGCAAGCACCAAAGUCAACGCACAACCGGAGCGUUUUCAGCACCACUCACGAGUGGACAGCGACAGCGUCUAAAGCCCAGCGACUCUCACUCGACUUGAGCGGCUCCGUCAUGGUUCUCAUCUGGACACAGUUUGGAGUCAAGCACAAAAAUGGCAACGUCAGGUGCAAAGUUCGGGUGAUGCACAGGGGAGACAGCUCGGGGUCGGCUUCAUCUUCGGAAGGCACCAAGUCAGAGCCGGACGCCGCCUGCCUGUCCAUCAAGCCCAGUGCCGGAAAGGACUUCUACAAGGUUUUGGGCGUGGAGCCGGACUCCAACGAGGACGAGAUCAAGAAGGCCUACCGCAAGUUGGCGCUCAAGUACCACCCGGACAAGAAUAGCGACGCGGACGCCGAGGACCGCUUCAAGGAAAUCGCCGAGGCCUACGAGGUCCUGACCGAUACAGAGAAGAGGAACAUCUAUGACCAGUUUGGAGAGGAAGGUCUCAAGAGCGGCGCGUCAACGGCGGGCCAGACCAACGCCUUCCGCAAACAUUUCCCCACCGACCCGCACGCCACCUUCUCCUCCUUCUUCCACGGCUCCGACCACUUCGACAUCUUCUUCGGUCACGACGGCGACGACGACGACCUCUUCAACCCCUUCCGCCGCUUCCCCUUCAGCCACGUGGGCGGUUACUCCGGCCAGGAGGGCGGCGGCCUGAGGCGGGGCGGGCGGCGGCCGCGGGGCAAAGCGCUGGUGCGCGAGCUGCCGGUCAGCCUGGAGGACGUGAUGCACGGCUGCACCAAGCACGUCAAGAUCACCCGCAGCCGCCUCGGACCGGACGGCCGCAGCGUGUGGACCGAGGACAAAGUGCUGAACGUGGUGGUGAAGAAAGGCUGGAAAGCCGGCACCAAGAUCACCUUCCCCCGGGAGGGCGACGAGAUGCCCGACAGCACGCCGGCCGACGUCACUUUCAUCCUCAGAGACGCCGAGCACCCGCAGUACAGGCGAGACGGCUCCAAUCUCAUCUACACGACCAGCAUCACCCUCAAAGAGGCGCUUUGCGGCUGCACGGUCAAUGUUCCCACGCUGGACAACCGCCUCAUGCCCCUGCCAUGCAGCGACGUGAUCCGGCCCGGUGCCGUGCGGCGCCUCCGCGGCGAGGGCCUGCCCGUCGCCCGCAGCCCAUCGCGGCGGGGCGACCUGGUGGUGGAGUUCCAGGUGCUCUUCCCCGACAGAAUCCCACCGCAGUCGCGGGAAAUCAUCAAGCACAGCUUGGGCCAGUGCUAGCCUACUUCAGCGGCACAAUUUAGCGGACUAACCCGCCUCCCGUGGAAAGGGGUGUUAAACACUCGUGUGGUAUUCGACAUCUCGUUUUAAUACACAAACUUCUCGGGUUACCGAUCAUCAAACUUCAGCGCCGCUCUUGAGCUAUCCAGUGGCUAGCCUUUUCCAAUCCGUGGUGCUAUACGACCAAUCACAACCCCUCGUCGUGUUCCGUGCUGGAGGGCGCCAUAAAACCUGACGAAAGUGCUCUUCGGUAUCUGAGGACGUCCCCAUUUCGCCUUUCUCUCCGAUGAAAAGCUUAUUCUUAUCACAUGUACUGUUAUGACCGCAGUAUGGUAUUUGAGUCUGUACAGACUUAAUAAAGGGUUGUAGGAAUGGGCGGGGGAUGGGGGGUGAACUAGUUGACUAUAGUUAUAUAUGGUGCUCAUAUGGGACUUUUGCAUUGAUUUUCUUACUGUGUACUUGUGUGCAAAGAUCUCCUUUGUGUGCAAACAAACGCAACCGUUGUCUCUAACAGAGAUUCAUGUGUCAAUUGUUCUAUUGAAUUGAAAGGUUGUCGAUAUAGAGUGUGUGAGGAGGACCUGGCAGCAUGAAAUGAAUUAAACAGAAUGCAAAACUUGA